GGGUCUGGCGGUGGAGUGUGACGUCAGAGCAAGAUGGCGGCGUCCUGCGCGAGAAGCCUGGGGCAGGUCGGUGUCCGGCUGCUUUCACACGGCGCGCGCCGCUCCGCAGCGCUGAAUCCGGCGCUCGUGCCGAGCACGCGACCCUACUGUGCGCGCGCCUACAGCGGCUUUGCGCGCGCCGCGCGGCGGGCAGGAGGCGCCCAAGCGGCGCUCAGGUGUGUGUACCUGCUCGGGGGAGGACUCGGGCUGUACUACACUGUUAAACACACACUGCGGACACAACACCGCGCCGAGCACAUCAAGGCGGAGGAUGAAGGCUGGGACCUGAAGCUAAAGUUGUAUCAGUAUAAAACCUGUCCGUUCUGCAGUAAGGUGCGAGCCUUCCUCGACUACCAUGGCCUCCCGUACGAGGUGGUGGAGGUCAACCCCGUCAUGAGGCAGGAAAUCAAGUGGUCCAGCUACAGGAAGGUCCCCAUCGUUUUGGUCAACGGAAACGUGCAGCUGAACGACUCGUCCGUGAUCAUUAGCGCUCUGAUGACGUACCUGCUCAGCAGGGAGAAGAGCGUUCCUGAGAUCCUGGCUUGUUAUCCCGAGAUGAAGGCGAAGAAUGAGAGCGGCAAGGACGUGACCGAGUUCGGGAACAAGUACUGGGUGAUGGUGGACGAGAGCAAACACCCGCAGACCUACCCCGAGAAGACGUCUAGACAAGAGGAGAUUAAAUGGCGUAAGUGGGCAGACGACUGGCUGGUGCACCUGAUCUCCCCGAACGUGUACCGCACCCCGGCCGAGGCUCUGGCGUCGUUCGACUACAUCGUGCGCGAGGGAAAGUUCGGCGCGUUCGAGGGCUUCGUCGCCAAAUACAUGGGCGCGGCGGCCAUGUGGCUCAUCUCCAAACGCCUGAAGAGCAGACAUCACCUGCAGGACGACGUGAGACAGGACCUGUACCAGGCGGUGAACGACUGGGUGGCGGCCAUCGGGAAAAACAAGAAAUUCAUGGGAGGAGAAAAACCCAACCUCGCCGAUCUGGCGGUGUUCGGGGUCCUGAGGGUCAUGGAGGGGCUCGAGGCUUAUGACGACAUGAUGAAGAACACCAAGGUGAAGAAGUGGUACAGUCGCAUGAAGGAGGCUGCGCACCAUCAUCCCAAAUGAUCCACACACACACAGCUUCAGAUCUGAAACGGUUCCUGUUAACAGCGUCGGAUUUAUUCAGUGCAAAAUACUGUACAAAAUUCUGCUAAUUACAGCAAACAGCCAGCAGAGGGCGCUGCUUCUGUGGUGUCUGAUUUGUCUAAUAAUUUCUUUCUUUCUCUCUACGUUAUGAUCUGAUUGUCAAUAAGGAGAAGCGAUAAAGAGCAAUAUUAGGAACAGAUUCAAGCCGGGCUGAAGGUUCGAUCUCUUUAACUGACUUUACUCGGUAGUCUGAGAAAAUGAUAAAGUAAUGGCACCCCUUUGACUAAAUAUUGUUGAUUAUCAAAUGCGUGACUCAAUAAAUGACAAAAUCUC